AUGGCUCCUAGAAAGGGACCUCAACAGGAUUGGAGUUGGAUCCACACCGUCUCUUCCCCCGAUCAAAUCACCAGGCAACAUCGAAGAAGGGCAGCGGGUCUACAUGACCUCACUCCCUGUCCGUUCAACUUCAGUCUGGCUACGCCUACCAAGGUGGAACCUGAAGAUGAUGAAGAUGAGGUCAUCGAAGUAGAUGCGAAAGGAAAAGCAAAAGCGAAAGCCAAACCAUCCAAUAAUAAGGUACUGGGAUGUACCAAGCAGAGAUGUCUGAAGAAUCCGAUGUGUUAUAAUCAUAUAGGGGCUGAGAAGGUGGUACAUCCCGAUGCAAAGAAGGAUUAUAUCGAUGAACAUGCGGGACUCAUCCCCGUCGACAGAGAAGGUCCAGCUGGGUUAAGGAAUCUGGGUGCGACUUGCUACGCAAACGCUUUCCUUCAACUGUGGUUUCAUAAUGUAGCAUUCAGAAAUGGUGUCUAUGACUGCGUCACUACGGAAUCUACACCGCUCUUCCACCUCGCGAUGGUUUUUGGCAUGUUACAACACUCGAAUAGGCAGGUGAUAGAUCCGAUGGGAUUGAUAGAAGCUCUGAGAUUGGAGAAGGGAAAUCAGCAGGAUGCAGCAGAAUUCUCCAAGCUGUUCAUGUCUGUCCUUGCAUCCGAAUUCGCCAAACACCCCAAUCCGAAAAUCCGUUCCUUCCUGAAAGAUCAAUUUGAAGGUGUGAUGGAGUACUCGACGACCUGCAAAUGCGGUCAUAAGAGUAGUACGACCAGUACAUUCCUCGAACUCGAGCUGAACUUCAAAGACAAGUCUACUCUUGAACAAUGCAUAGAGAGUAUGCAGAUACCCGAGAUACUUGAGGGAGACAACCUGUAUAAUUGCCCUUCAUGUGGUCGACGGAGAGAAGCUAUACGAAGACAGGUACCGAUCAAAUACCCACCUGUGCUCCACAUGGCUCUCAUGCGAUUCGUUUUCGACUACAAAACCCUCUCGAGGAAGAAAUCACCUGCUUCGAUCACUUAUCCUAAGAAUAUCACUUUGGGUGAUGACGAGUACCAUUUGAGAGCGAUAAUAACGCACGAGGGGAAAAGUGCACACCACGGUCACUUUAUAUGCGAAGUCUGGGAUGAAACCGAGCAGUCCUGGCUCCUGUGCAAUGACGAAGAAGUCACGAAUCUCUCUGAUCGCCCAACGAAGAAGGCUAGAAAAGCACUCAAGCUGGAUAAGCUCGAUGAAGAAAGGUACAGCUCGAAAGACGCUUACAUGUUGGUCUACAAAAGGAAAGAUCAAGGUCAAGUAGCAUCGAAACAACCGCCACCUGUGAUCUGGGAUAGAGUGAUGGCCCAUAAUGUGACAUUGCUUGAGGAACAGAAUACAAUUGGAGUGAAGCGAAUGCAGGUUGAAGACGAAUUUGACCAACUCUAUAAUCUCAAGAAGCAUACCGAUCAUAUCAUACCAAAAGAUUCCCUCAUCAAAUGGUUGAAAACCCAACAUUUCGUAGAACUAUACGAACCCUUCGACAUGUCUCCAAUUGUCUGCUCCCACGGUGGUAUUGAUCCCGGUAAGACCGAUGAAUCAAGGUUGAUCUCCGAAGAAGCUUUCGAUCAGAUCCAAUUGUUGAACGAUUGUCCUCAACUGGCUAUCUGCUCAGUCUGUGUGGAAAACGGGUACCGUAGAGAGAAAGCGCAGUCCAGUUUGGAUGGUCAAGUCGAAGCUUUUGACGAAGCCAACGUUGGAGAUGGCGAUUAUAUAAUAUCGAAAUCAUGGCUCGAUCAGUGGCGUAAUGGGUCUUUACCGCAUGGUAAACUGCCUUCCGAUGACGAUUUCAGCUUGGUCUGUGAACAUGGUGGAAGGUCAAUCAUACCUAUAAACAAACGAACAGCUACGUUCUCAAUAAUCACAGCCGAGGCUUUAGCAAUACUCAAGUCGAUAAUCGGCGAAUUCGAAGUGAUACAGGAAGUGCAAGACGAAUGCGAAGAGUGUUUGUCAAUGACCGAAGUCAAUCUUGAAAUACGCAAACAGAGAUUGGAGGAAGUCAAGGCAGAUAGACAGAUUAGGCGAAUGGUCAAUAAAGACAAACCGCCAGCAUACGGAUUGGACUAUUAUGCCUUACCUUCCAAUUUCAUCAGGGAAUGGGAUAGGUAUAUUCGAGGUGACAGAGAUGAACCAGAGCUGGAUAUGGGGUUCUGUGAACAUGGGUUGUUGGAUUACGAUCCUCAGAUGGAAAAGCCUGAUAUUUUGGAUAAGAAGGGUUGGAAGAUGUUAACGGAGAGGUAUGGCGAGAAAAAACCUAUCGUAAUCCAAUUCGGACCUCACACAAGAUCCGGUAAAAAGCAUAAUGUGGAGAUGAUGGAUCCUGGUGUCUGUGGGGAAUGUUCUACUGCGAGACGAUCGGAUUUCGACGUCAUCUCUAUCCCUAUAGUAACCAUCAUCGCAUCUUCCCCCUCCCAUAGUAAACCCGUCACGCCCAUUCCUUCAGGAUCAGGCUCCGACUGUGGUCCAAGAGGGAAUGGAUUUCCCCCGAAUAACGGGUUCAACCGGGCUUUCAACAACAAGAGAAUGUCCAAUGGUAAAUCGAUAACCAUCUAUGGUGGUCGAUCAACGAGAUCCAGAUCGAAUAAAUACCAAUAUGAAGGUACGAAAGAUACGUUCAUUAAAGAUAUAAAAAUACAUAUAAUGGAUAAAACUGGUGGUAGACUUACACCAAUCCAGCAGAAGUUAUCGUACCACAGUAGAGAGUUGGGAUCCGAUGAGACGAUCGGAAGUAUCGGGUUUCUGAAGGGUGAUGAGCUGGAGUUAGAAGAGAUGUUUGAGGCAGUUGAUAUUGGUGAUGAUGAUGAGGUCGAUGUAGCUGAAGAGGGAGGUGGAAAUGCAAAGAAGAAGAAGAGAAGGGUGAAUGAGGGAUUUGGCGGGACGGCGUUGUUAGCGAGGAUUGCCUGUCCGGAUUGUACGUUUGAGAAUGAUGGUGCAGCAGCAUCCUGCGAAAUGUGUAUGAGGCCUUUCCAGGUUGAUGAGAUCUUAUGA